UCCAAUUGUUUUUAAAUGGUAAACUAAAUUGUUGGUGCCUUCCAACAAAGUUGCAAAAAAUACUGUAUAAAAUGGAUUCCGGGACUGAGGAAAAAGCACCAGAACUGCCAAAUGAUCUCCCUGAGCAAAGAAUACAACGAAAACGUCGCCAUACGGAUAACGUUGAACAACAGAACGGUGACACUGUAUCUAAUACGAAUUAUGGAGCCGUGGCGGAGUAUAUACCUGCUGCAAAGGUGCGCGGUGUUGUUGAAUCCAACCAAGUUGGUAUCACAGACUUUCCGGACGAGCUUCUUUACGAAAUAUUUAAAAAUCUAGACUCCUGGUCGUAUUACGUACUUAUGCACUGCUGCAAUCGUUUCUAUACUUUAUUGAUGGACCGACGGUUUUGGCACCAUAUAGAUCUCAGUCAAAAACUAUUACCAUUAGGUAUACUUGAAUUUGUAAUGGAACGUACACAUCAAGGGACUACAAGCAUAAAAUUGAGAGGUCCAUCUAGAAAAUAUACAAGUGCGGAAAUAUUGAAGUUUAACAAAGCGUUGGCGGACACUUUCGCUUUGCGAAGUACACAAUUAAGUAUUUUGGAAUUACGUGGUGUUACAGUAGAUCUUAGGAAUGUACGAAUUGUGAAUUUUCCGAAAACUUUAAAGCGGUUAGUUUUUAAAGAUUGUAAUGUCUGUAAGCCACCAGAAGAACAAACGGUUUUUUCUGGUAUUCAUACACAUCUAGUGAAUUUGGAGGAACUUGGUAUUGAAUUCUGCAGUUGGUUUGAACCUUAUUACAUCAUGAUGAUAUCCAAAAUACCUUCACUGCGUUGGCUUAGUCUCAAAGGUUGUCCGCGAUUGGGUGAUUUUAUACCGUAUGGUAGCAUGGCUGCUCGUUUUGGUUUUAAAAAACUAGAGUACUUGGAUUUGCGCUUUACACCUAUAACCGAUUCAGAUGUUCAAUGUUUUAAUGUGGUGCUAACAUUAAAAGAAUUACUACUUGAGUGUCCCUUAAAUAUGCGUGCCAAUGAUACAAAAACUAGCUUAUCGACCAAAAAUAAAAGUAAAGAUUCUGAUAGUAAAGAUUGUCAACCGUCUACAUCGAAGGCAUCAGUCUCACGCGAAGACAGUAAUUCACCUAUUAAUUCCAUAUCUGUAGAGGCAAAUUCAAAUACGCCCGGACAAGAGGGCCGUGACGAUACAACUCCGGAUCAACCAGAACAGCCGACUUGUGCUAGCCCACAACCCUCCACAUCAUCCUCUUCGUCUUCUACAUCAUCCUCAUCGCCUUCAUCUGCAAUGAAUUCACCCUUCGCAUCACCUUCGCGCUUAGCGCUAGACAAUCCAACAGACAACAACAACGCCCCAGAACCGGCCGGCAAUGUACCAUCCCGCAGCCGAUUUUUGCCGCGUCCAGAUCAAGUUAUAUUCUUAGAUUUUGUAAACCGCCGUCCCAGUAUACGGCAUGUGCGUCCACCACCAAUAUCGGAUAAUCAAAUCGAUCAAAUGAUACAACAUCCAUUAUUUUGGAAUAUAAUCAAUCCAUUGGGCGGACGUGAAACUAGUAGGUCGAGCUCUGGGUCAGGGCAAGUACCGCACUUCAGUCAUCACCCAUGCUGUCGCCAAUAUCCCAUUUCAGACCGUGGAAUUUGUUGCUUUGGAAGACCGCAAAAUCCAGUGGAGCCUGGUGUAAUUUGGAUUCGUAUCGGCAAUCGUCCGAGCGAAAAUAGCUUUGUAAGACUUAGUGUAAGAAAUUAUAAAAAAGUCACCGACAUCUCACUGCAUCAUCUCGUACAAUGCUCACCUGAGCUCAUAUAUCUGGAUCUGAGUGGCACCAGCGUAACGCGUGAGGGUGUAAAACGCUUCAAAGCUGGAAAACCUGAAUGCCAAAUCAUAGCCGAUCAUCUUAUUGAGUCUAACGACCCGGAUAUACCGACACUAGAUUAAUUCUAAAGUACGUUUAUACACAUGGUGCUGUAAUAUUUAUGCUAAACUAAUAUGCACACACAAUACUACAUACAUACAUAUAUA